GCCACAUUCACGGCGCCUCAAAACAAUGAAAGACCCAAAGAACAACCAAACCCAGAUCACAAACCCUAACAAACCCUUCACAGAGCUCCUCUGGUUCUUCUUAAUCGCAUCAUGUAUCAAAUUCCUCUUAAUUCCAGCCUACCACAGCACAGACUUCGAGGUCCAUCGCCACUGGUUGGCUCUCACUCACUCUCUCCCUCUCUCCCAAUGGUACUCCGACGAGACCAGCCCGUGGACUCUGGAUUACCCACCAUUAUUUGCUCAUUUCGAACACUUCCUCUCCCUCUUUGCCCAGUUCAUUGAUCCCACCAUGGUCCACCUCCAAAACGGCCUCAGUUACAAGUCCCAUCUCACCAUUUUCUUCCAGAGAGUCUCAGUAAUCGUCUCUGACAUCGUUCUGAUGUACGGAGUUUAUUGUUUGACUCGGAAUUUGGAGAGAAGAAAGCGAAAUUUUGUCUGGGUAUUGGUGAUUUGGUCACCUGGGUUGAUGAUUGUUGACCAUAUGCACUUUCAGUACAAUGGGUUUCUUUUGGGGAUUUUGUUGGUUUCUUUGGCGGCUUUGCAGGAAGGAAAGGAUUUGGUUGGUGGGUUUGCUUUCGCGGUUUUGUUGUGUUUCAAGCACUUGUUUGCGGUAGCUGCGCCGGUUUAUUUUGUUUAUUUGUUCAGGCAUUAUUGUCGGGGUGGAUUGAUUAGGGGGUUUGGGAGGUUGGUUUUGAUGGGGACUAUGGUUUUUGCGGUGUUCGUGGCGGCUUAUGGGCCUUUUGUAUAUUAUGGGCAGAUACAACAAGUUUUAAGCCGCAUGUUUCCUUUUGGUAGAGGACUCUGCCAUGCUUACUGGGCUCCAAAUUUUUGGGUAUUCUAUAUUAUUUUAGAUAAAUUGCUUGCUUUCUUGCUUAUGAGACUGGGAUUCCACAUCCAAGCACCAACAGCUUCAUUCACCGGUGGUCUAGUUGGGGAUUCCUCUCCUUUUGCUGUACUGCCUACGAUCACCCCAUUGAUCACCUUCAUUAUGGUCCUGCUUGCCAUAUCUCCCUCUCUUGUUAGGGCUUGGAGGGAUCCCCAGCCAAGGCUGAUCACUAGAUGGGUAGUCUAUGCUUAUACAUGUGGCUUUCUUUUUGGGUGGCAUGUUCAUGAGAAGGCAUCACUUCACUUUUUGAUCCCCCUCGGCAUUGUUGUACUGCAAAGCAGGGAGGAUGCCAGUCAUUACUUCUUGUUGUCCAUAGUGUCCUGCUACUCACUAUUCCCUCUUUUAUAUGAAGCUCAAGAGUAUCCAAUAAAACUGUUGUUAUUGCUUUUACAUGCCAUACUCAUGUGGCUUGGAUUUUCUGCGUAUUUCUCCAAGACCAAAGCUGCAGAAGCAAGUGACCCUGGGCAGAGAGGAGGUGAUAAAUUUGGACUGAAGAGAAGUCGUGGUUCGGGCUCCAAUGACAUAAGGUUUCGUAUUGGAUGGAUCAUGAAGGUAUAUCUACUGGGUCUUUUGGUUGUUGAGACAUGGGGACAGUUUCUACACCCUAUCCUUCUUGGUAAUAGACUUCCCUUCUUACCCCUGAUGCUGAUCUCUAUUUAUUGUGCUUUCGGUAUGAUGUACUCUUGGAUUUGGCAACUACGAAGGAUAAUUCGUUCUAUUGAUUCAUAACUUAGUCAAGUCCCUUCUGCUGGUACACAUUAGAAUUGAUUUAAACUUACAUUGCAGCUAACUGCACAGGCAUUUUAUAUUGUAUCACAUUUCUUGUAACAUUUUUGUUGGACGGUUUUGCCAAAAAAUAACUGAGACGUGUUUUGAAUCCCAUUACUUACAGGAUGCAAAAUGAUUA